GAUGUCGGCUAUAUUCUACGUGUGGCUAUUUCUAACCAUUACACCAGGUUUUGGUCACAAACUUGGCCCACCUGAUGAUGCUAACCUGACUGCCUUUGCUGAUCAGGAGCCAUCUGAGUACAGGUGUGCAUGCCUCCCGAAGAAUGAUAACCAAUGUGACAAAAAUGGCCACUGUAUGACCAUGAAGGGAGCCGGGUGCUUUACCAGCAGAAAACUGGUUAACAGUGUGGAAAUAAUAUCUCAGGGUUGUGCACGAAAUGAUGAAAACCAAAAUAUGAACUGCCAGGGUCGGCGUCGUAAAGGAUGGGAGAUGGAGGGUGUCAUUGCUAUGGCAUGCUGCGUCGGUGACCUUUGUAAUGACCCAAUACCCACUUUCUCGUCACACGAGUUCAAAGGGAGUGAUCCAGUAGUGAAUAAGGAGGAGGAAAGCAGUUUCCAUUUUGAACUGUUCCUAGCAAUUGGUGUUCCCAUUGUGAUUCUUAUUGUGGCCUUGCUGGGAGUCUGGCUUUUCUUCAAACACAUUCGUAAGAGGCGCCGGGAGUUUCAUGAGAAUCUGCGUGUUCGAGAGGAACUUUUGCCUGAGGAAUACGGAGGCAUUCGUGCGACCCAGGUUGGAGAUAGUACACUAAAGGAAGUAUAUGAUCAGUCAUGCACAUCAGGAAGUGGUUCAGGUUUGCCUUUCCUUGUUCAGCUGACCGUGGCACGACAAGUGACCCUGGUGGAAUGUAUAGGAAAAGGAAGGUAUGGAGAAGUUUGGAGGGGGCGCUACCACGAUGAGAAUGUAGCAGUGAAGAUAUUUCUGUCACGUGAUGAAGCCAGUUGGUCAAGAGAAACAGAAAUCUACAACACUUGUCUGUUGCGUCAUGACAACAUCUUGGGAUAUUAUGCAUCUGAUAUGACCAGUCGUAACUCGUGUACACAGCUGUGGUUGAUCAUGCAUUACCAUGAGAAUGGCUCUCUGUACGAUUAUCUACAACGUACUAUCCUUGACCAUGAAUCUAUGCUUCUUCUGAUGCAUUCAGCUUCCGCAGGACUUGUCCAUCUCCAUACAGAGAUCAUUGGAAACCAGGGGAAACCUGCGAUUGCUCAUCGGGACAUCAAAUCUAAAAACAUUCUUGUUAAAAGUGAUGGUACAUGUUGUAUUGGUGACCUUGGACUAGCUGUGACACAUUCACAAGAAAACAACAAGAUAGAUUUGGGACGGAAUAAUAAAGUAGGAACAAAGCGUUACAUGGCACCAGAGUUGCUGGAGGAAACAUUGAAUCCUUAUUUCUUUGAUUCAUUUAAAGCAGUCGAUGUUUAUGCUUUUGGUUUAGUACUAUGGGAGGUAGCUCGGCGUUGCACAAUUGGGGGUAUAACAGAAGAAUAUAAACCUCCUUUCUGGGAUGUGGUGCCGUCGGAUCCUUCAUUCGAGGAUAUGAGAAAAGUGGUGGCUGUGGAUACACAGAGGCCAAUGGUGCCAAACAGAUGGACGUCAGAUCCUAUUAUGUUGCAGCUCUCUAGACUUAUUCAGGAAUGUUGGGCACAGAAUCCCAAGGCUCGACAUCCAUCACUACGUGUGAAAAAAUCUCUCGCUAAUCUUAUGUACACACCAAAGAAGGAACUUCUACAGAAGAUACAAGAUUGUAAGGAGUGCAAUAACUGCUGACAUCACUCAUGAUGUCAUCAUUGUAUGUGCACAUAUAUAUAUAUUACAGCAUCAGUUCAUGUGCUGUAUAUCCUGUGAUGUGAACAGCAGCUGCAUCAUUUGUGUACAGAAACUGUUGUGUCAUUGGUUUAUGUGAAAUAACAGCUGCCAGAUUGCAUCAGUGCUAUAUUUGGUCAGAACAGUGUCUUCUUGAAGGCAGUUGCAGACAUGCUGAUCGAUAGUUUGUGUGUUACCUUGCCGUUUUCAUCUGCAAAUAGCUGUAUGAUUUUGGGAAAUGGUACAUUCAGCACUGUUGAGCAAGAGAAGUUUUAAAAUAUCAUUCAGGUUUUCAGAAUGAAAAUUUGACAUUUGAGAUCAACAUUGAUUGAUUUCAGUUUUGCAACACAAAUUCUGACGACAACAGCAGGAUCCAAUCGGUGAUACUAGGAGUAGACCUUAGGGUCAGGACAUGAAGUUUAAUUUAAGAUUUUUCCUACUUGAACAAUUUGUGUUCAGCAACAGAAAAUCGUGACAUCAUCAAAUGACAUCUUUAAUGACAAGUGAUGAUAUCAGAUAAUACACAAACAUAAGAAUGAGCUGGAUUGAAGAUCUGAAAUCAGACUGGGCUUAGUGACGGUAACAUACAAUGUAGAUGGUACAUCAGAAUCAGUGUUUCCAAGAGAGACAAAUGUUAUCAAUAUUAGUGGAUCAGGGAAAUUAUCUUUAAAAUUUCUUGCCUAUAUUCACAACAGGAAGAUGCAUUCUGGGUAAUUACUUGUUCAAGAUAAGUGGAUUGUUCUAACUUAUCACACCUCCACUUCUUAAUUGAAUGUUAAAUUGCCAAAAGUAAAACUUGUCAUUGAACAUUAUAGAUUAAUAUCAUUUGUAUACUCAUCAUAUUGUAUGAUUCAUGAUUAUGUUUUUUGUUUAGGUUUUUUGUUUCAUUGUUUUAUAUACCAUGUAUUUAUAAAGCUUGAGUUGUGAAAUUACAUUCAUGAUUUUUUUGGCGAUUGUUUUCUUCUUUUUUAAAUAGGGCUAACUUUUCUUGUGUUAUUCAAACUUGUGGUUUUUUCACCACCAUCAGGUAAUUCUUUUUAACAAAAUUGAAGUGUUGAAAAGAUUUACAUGUUAAAAAUUUGGUAAGAAUAUCUACAUUCUGGUAAUGUUAAAUUACAGAAGAAAAUUAACCUUUAUUUAUCAAAAAAAAAUUUGUAUUGCUUUGUCUCAGUUCAUUAACAUAAUAGAAUAUAUUCUAUAUUAUUAGUUUGAUACCAUAAUGAAUAUCCUGAAGAUUUCUCUGAAAAUGGACACGAAUGAUAUCCUAAAAGUUUCAUUUACAAUGAAAGAUAUUUUCACUUCACAUUGUACAUCCCCACUACAAAAGCUCUCUUUUGUAUAUAUAACAUUAUGGAAACAAUAGAAAUUAGGCAAACUUCCAAAAUCAUUUAUAAAAACUGAUUAAGAGAAAAAAAAAACCCAAAUUGUUGGUGGGUGGGUAUGUUUGUUAGUUUAACUCUGUUGAUAAUAUUUCAUAGAUAUUUUACAAUAUUUUAAUAUUUUGAUUCAAUAGGAUCCCUUUGGUAGCAGGCCACAAGUUCAUACAAGCCCUAGCCUCUCUUCAUCCUUUAAAUCAAAAGAUGAGGAUUGACAAUGCCCGUUUUCCAUAAGGUACAAGUUUGUUUCCACAACAGUUUCGAUUUGCCUUAAAUUGUACAAAUGUCCUGCCAGUCAUAACAUCUAAGAAUUGUUCAGCUUAUUUGUAAAUAACAUUGAGAUAAUACAUUUCAUUGGCAGCUUAUUAAAUGAAUGUUCUUUUAAUAAUUGAAUUGUACUAAAAUAUGUUCAUCACAUUUUUUUCAUCAAUUCUAAUUAAUCAAUCUGUUCAAUGUAAGAUUUAUUUAUAAAUCAAGAGGUUAUGUCCCUUUGAUGUUUCAUGGAGAUCGUUGUAAAAUCUCUCAAUCCUAGCAACUUGAAAACCAGAUUUUAUAUCAGUAUACCUGGUAAUUUAUAGUUAUUGUCAUUAACUGGUGUGGAGACAGAUAUUAAUUAAACCAUUUUGAAGGCAAUCCUAAUCGGCAGGUUAAUAAAUAUCGAGGUUCACUUUAAAGAUAACAAUAACAUUACUGAUAAAAUGGAAAAAAAUGAGAAAUUAUUAAGAAGAAAUGACAUUAUUUUUAGAUUCAUAAACAAGUCUCGUGACACAACAUGGAUAUAAAUGGCGACUGAAAUCAGUAUAACAAAAUAUUGACCAAAUAUGAUGGCCAUCAGAAAACACAAAUGUGAACUUAAACCUGUCAUAUAAUUACAAAUUCUACCCUGGUGUUGUUUGUGAACCCUGAUACCAUUUUACAUGUAUGUUUGCCUCCUGCAUAUUUCACCACUUGGUAUCAAAAUAUCUAUGAAAAUGCAGGGACUUAAAAUUUGAAAAGUAAAUCUUUUCUCGAUUAAAGUUAACCAGUUCAUUUUCAAUUAAAUAUUCGCCAUUUCAAUGCAUGUUUUUGCUUAUGGCAGAUAUAGUGACAUUACAUACCAUCCUGAUAUUGCUUAUCAAACAAAAGAUCCCACAAUAUCGUUUCAUAUUUUUUGUAUAUUGUUUGUAAAACACUGAAUCAUCCAGACAUUGUUUUUAAAACAAAUAUUUCUCAUUGUUGUGUUGGGCUUGUCAUUUAAUUUCCACAGGAAAAUUGAUUUCAUUUUGUUGAUUUUAUCACCCUGAGAACAAGCCAGGGUCUGAAUGAUGAAGAGUCUCCUUUUAGUUGCUGGAAUAAUUUUUGAAAACCAAUUAAUUGACUAUCAUAUUUCCAAGGUGUCUGUUCUUCUUCAUUGUAUUUCAUCCUUAUCCAAUGAUAUAACCAAACAGCCCUUAGUUUCCAGUGAUGGCAAUGAUAAAUGUAAAUGGACAUAAACUUAACCAGUUGCAUUUCAACCUGAAAAAAAGAUACAUUAACCUAACAAUAUGCAGUUUCCAGUAAUAGUAAUGGAAAAUGUAAAGGGAGAUAACUCUAUAACAGUUACAACGACUAAAACAGAUAAAGAUUUAUGACCUUAAUUUAAACUUUUUUAUCAGCCGUAAUGACUGUAACAUAGAAAGAAACCAGAGUAUUGGGAGGAAAACAUAUGAUCUGUGACCACAUAUAUAUAUUUGUAACAUAUAGAUAUUUAUUGUGAGAUAAAGAAUUUUUGCUGUCUUUUAGUAUAUUAUGUAACCUAGUGUAGCAUGUCAUUAUACAAACAUGUAAAACGGAAUUCAUUUUAAUACCGAAGGUAAUACAAUUGUAUUUGGUUUUGAGUCAGGAUAAGAAAUAUUGACCGAUGUCUUUUAUUGAUCUUUCAAGUUUUAAACUAUUUAGUUCAUUUUUCUUCCCCAAGGCGUUCUAAACUCUCAUUUUGGUUUUGGUUGUGUAAAACAAGAUUGAUAGUCUACAUCAUCAACCAAUUUAUACAAACAUAGAGGUUUUUCAAUUUAAUAAAAAAUUCUAACACUUUUAUCAACUAUAAAUACAUUACAGUCAGUUCUCAAUUCCUCAAUGGUCUGAAAAUCAGGAUAAUAUUGGUGUUUAUAUAUUACUGAAGUCUGGAAAGAAACAGUGCCAGAUAAAGUCUAAGUAGAGCCUGUGUUUUUUCUGACUCAAUGCGUUCUUUUAAUUUGUGUACAAAUAACCACAACUUCAAAAGUUGAGUGAUGUAGAUUGGUAUGUGUCAAUGUGAUGUGAUAUAGGUAUGUAUAAAAGUGAUAUCAGUUUUGUUUGUAACUUUGUUGAGAGCUUGUGUGACCUUACACUUACAUGUGUAAAAAUGAUGUAAAUUAAAAGUUAUGUUAGCUUUUUUGUUAAUGAAUUAAAUGAACUAGUAUAUGUGUAAACUUGAAAUGGAAAUAUGCUUGAAUGAGUAAAAGUAUAAUGUAGUGAUAAAUAUGAUGUACUGUACAUAAAAUCAUAUUUCCUUCAAUGUGAUGUUUGACUGCAAAGCCAUUCAAAAUGACCAUAAAUGCCAUACAGCUGGCAUUUAUAACACCCAUAAAUGCCAUAACAGUCCAAUGCUUAGUCAUCCCAAUUUGUUAUGUCAUGAAGGAUAUUUCAAUAAUAUUUAUUAUAUGAUAUGAUAUCAUCAAUGCUACAAUGAAUGUAAGAUUAUUUUGAAAGAGUUUGCAGACAAAAUAAAAAGUUUUAGAAUCUUUAGUGAGCAGAUACUGAUUGUUAUGGUAUUUGUAAUAUUAAUGCUAAUGACAUUACUAUCGACACCUGGCAAGAGCAGAUAACUCUGCAUUACAAAAAGACCGGGAUUGGACAAAUUAGAUUGGCUGUCAGAUUGAGGGGUCUAUUGAUUUAUUGUAUUGGUAAUCACUUCUGUGUUGACAUAAUAUUGUGAGAUUCAGAAUACUGGCAUGAAAUGCAGGAUUAUUAAGUGAGUGUGCUUAGGUAAUAGUGCUUUGUGUAUCAGUAAAAGUUACAGGUUUGUUUACCUGAAAGGAAUAAGAAAAUUGUAAGUUGAAUGAGUCGAUGUAUCUAGGAAUGGUAAUGAGUCUGGUGCGUUAAAAUGUUUGCUGUGAUGGAAAUUACAACAGUGUAAAUGAUGUAUUUUAGAUCAUAUGGUCAAGUCAACCAUCUGAACUGUAUGAUAUAUACCAGUAUAUAUUGGUAGCCAUGAUGUACACUGUUAAGUUACUGUUCAGGAUCUCAAAGUCCUCAGUCAAGUUUUAAUCUUCAUCUUUUGGUUUCAUGUUUUUUACGUACGUAUUAUGUACUGUAUUUAUAUUGAAAUAUGACCAUGAUGCCAACAUAUGAAUUCUGAAUCAAUGUCGAGGGGAUGGGCUUUCUCUUAGGACAGUGAAAUAAUAACAUUUGUAACUAAUUCUACUUUUUGUGAAAUAAGGUAAAGGUGCCAACAUUUGACUCAAAAUUGGGAGGAGGGUGGGCUUAUUGCAGAACCGUGAAACAAUAUCUGUAAUACCACUGAACACUAUUGAUAGGUUGAUGACUGAAUGUUACUGAUUAUCUAAUAGUUUAACCUCAUCUGAUAGAAUGAUGGAUUGUAAUUUUUCAGCAAAAUAAGUCAGUCUCCUUAAUUUGAGUCAGAAGUAAUUCAUUGUCAUCAGUGGCCUAUAUUACAGGAUAAAUACAAUAAUGCUUAUUGUAACAAGAGAACUGUAGUCCUUGAUUCCUCUAACUCAAACACCAGAUACGAGACAUUUUGAUACGACAGAAAAUGUCUACCAUCUGGUGUUGGGGACAGCUCACACAUGGUGAACUAUUGUGUGAAAAUAUCAAUAUUAAUUUGCUUUUAGCUCACACAAGGUGAACUAUUGUGUGAUUAUUUCAAUAUAAAUUUGCUAUAAGCUCGCACAAGGUGAACUAUUGUGAAAAUAUCUAUAUAAAUUUGCUAUUAGCUCACACAAGGUGAACUAUUGUGAAAAUAUCUAUAUAAAUUUGCUAUUAGCUCACACAAGGUGAACUAUUGUGUGAAAAUAUCUAUAUAAAUUUGCAGUUAUCAAUAUGAUUUGUUCAUGAUGUUGUGUUUUACUGUAGGUAAAAUACAUUGCUAUGUUUUUUAUCCUCGGAAACAGGUCCCCUAUGAAACAUGUUGUAAAUAUUUAGUUUGAGCAGUGAACAUGCUGAACAAUGUCAGCAUCUAAUAAAUAAAAUGUUGACAUCAAUGGCUCUAAAUAAUGAAUAAAAUCUUACAAUUAA